CGGAAACUUCUUUACACUUUUCUGUCUGCGCUGUUCGACGAAGAAAAGUGACAAAACUGGACAGAACUCAGCGAAAGUUGAGUAAAGUUUGGAUCUGAAGAGUCGUUGUUCGUCCUGUACUUCAACAUGGCUGCUCAGACGGCGUUCUCGGCAGAGAUGUUUCCUGUGGGUGUUUCUGUGAUGGAGGAUGCUCAUAGUCUCAGCGACAUACCCAGGAACACGCUGCCCGCCCCUCAGCUGGUAAUGCUGGCCAACGUGGCGGCGGUGACUGCGGCAGAGGGUGGUGGCUGUGAUGGCAGUGUGGCAGAUGAGAAGGAGAUGAUGGAACUGAAGACGGUGGGAUGCAGCUAUUCAGACAGCGAGGAUGAGAGCAUCAUCAGGUACAGCUACGACAACCAGAGCCACAGAGAGGUUUGUAUCAUUGAGUACCCUGAGUCUCCAGGUCCGGGUGUCGAUGGAGUGGUCAUAGGUAACGAUGUGGGUGAGGAAGGGGACAAAGCUGAAGACCUGUCUCGUCGCUCCCAGCCUUGCCCCUCCACCAGCACUAAAAUGCCUCAACAGGUCACCAAGCAUAAAGACAGCCCCACCGCUGCACUGGAAGGCAUGAAGAAGAAGAAACCAUUCCACUGUAAGCCAUGUCACUUCCAGGCUCAGAAUGAGCAGGAGUUUGUAGAACACCUCAGCACCCACAGCAUGAACAAGAUGAUGGUGGUGAACCGGGUGGAGGGGCGCAGCAAGACCAAGACCAAGGAGACAGAAUCACCUGAGUCUCAGGCUCCAUCAGGUGAGGAGGUGGAGAGCAGCGGGGAGGUGGUGACAACAGGCGACGUCAAAGGGCUGAUCAGGUGUGAACGGUGUGGGUACAACACCAACAGAUAUGACCAUUACAUCGCUCACCUCAAACACCACAGCAAGGAGGGAGAGGACCACAGGGUGUUCAAGUGUACUUUAUGUCCCUACACCACUGUCAGUCAGUACCACUGGAGGAAACACCUGAGGAAUCACUUCCCCAGCAAACUGCAUACCUGCAGCCAGUGUUCCUACUUCUCCGAUCGCAAGAGCAACUACAUCCAACACAUCCGGACACACACGGGUGUGCGUCCCUUCCAGUGUCCAUACUGCGACUAUUCCAGCUCACAGAAAACCCACCUGACCCGACACAUAAGGACUCACUCUGGUGUGCGUCCCUUCCAGUGUCCAUACUGCGACUAUUCCAGCUCACAGAAAACCCACCUGACCCGACACAUGAGGACUCACUCUGGUCAGUCAUCCACAGUAAAGUCUGUAACAGAAACGGCUAAUGAUGUCAUCAACGUACUGGAGGACAGUGCUCGAGAUCUUACCUGCCAAGUCUCCCUGCAGUACCACAUCAAGUCCAGGCACUCCGGCUACAAUGUGGCCUUGGACGUCUCUAAAGUCAAACUGCGUGUCAAGAAACCUGGUCCUGAAGGUGCAGAGGAAAAUUCAGACUCCAGAGCCAGCAAGUUUGACAAUUCAUCCAGUGUCGAGGAGGACUUGUAUGAUGGAGAUGAGGAUGAAGGUGGGGACUCGAGCCCCAUCAACCUGUCAGUCAGAAAGAGCAGCAGGCCCAGCAUCGCCCAACCGAUGCAGAGUGAAACACAGGACAAGGCUCAGAAGAAAUCUAAUGCUAUUUCUGAGAAAGAGAAACCACAAAAGGUGAAGGAAAAGGUGGAACCAGGGAAAAAAGGCACAACAAAGCAGAAGAAAAUGGAGAAGGUCAAUGAGAAUCCUGUAGAGAGCACAUCUGUUAAAGAAAGCCCGACGGAGAUGAUACCACCUCCAGUAAAUACAGACAACAAGGGGAAGAGACAAAUAAAGAAGCUGCAGGCAGAAAAAACUACAGUCCAGGACCAAGCAGAAGUACCCGAAUCCCACAAAGGCCAAAUGGAGAAAUCAGAGCAACAGAGAUCGGUGGAGGAAAGAGUAGUGAGGAAGAAUGUGGAGAGAGUGGAAGAAAAGUCUAGGCCUGAAAAGGAGAAAGAACAGCAGAAGAAUGAUGGCAGUGGCAAAGAAAACAAAAGCCUGAACAAACCCAGGAAGUCUGGGUCAAAGAAGCCAGAGAAAAUUACAGUUCAUGUCCAAGAAGCUCAGCAGAAACCAGACAGUCAUGAGAUGAGUUCAAAGCAAAAGGUGGUUAAGGAAAAGGCCCUGAAGAGGAAAGCGGUAGAGGCUUUAGAUCUUUCCAAAAAGUUCUUAUCUGAGAUUCCACCCAAGGGCAAACGGCUAAAAACCACAGCUGCAGAAAAGCUGCAGCUGAAACCUGCUUCAGAAGACAUUAAUCGGACAAAUGGUUCCACUAUGCGCCCCAGGUCCAAUGACACAACACCUGUGAGGCAGACAAAGACCAGGAGCUCCAGCAAGAAACAAACUACAAGCCUUCAACAAACUGUGGAUCCAGCUAAAGACAAAACAAACUCUGUCAACAGUCCCUGCACAGAGGCUCCAGAAGCAUCUGCUCAGAUGGCCAACCUGACACAGAGCACAGACCCCGAGCACCACCCAAGAGAACACAGCAACACCCCAGCAGAUGAAAUAGCUCCACCAUUACCAGAGAGGACUCUGAACAAUCCCUCAGAGAGAAUGGACAUUUCAGCCAUCUGCAGCUCAGGUCAGGACACAGCUUCUCCAGCUGAAGACCACCCUGCUCCAACCUUCCUUAAACCCACAUCACCACCCUCUCUGGCACUUCCCGGCCAGCGAAUCAAACCCGUGGACCCAGAGGACGAUGAAGGCAUUCACAGCAGUCACGAAGGGGGAAGUGACAUCAGUGACAGCGCUUCUGAGAGCAGCGACGACUCCGGUCUCAACGGCAAUGGUGCUGGGUUGGGAAAGAUGGCCAGUGACCCUGAAACGCCCACCGAUGAGAUCCCAACACCAACAGAGCUGAAGAGUCAUAUGUGCAUCUUCUGUGACCGUACGUUCCCUUUGGAGGUGGACUACCGCCGGCACCUGAACCGCCACCUUGUCAACGUCUACUACAUGGACAACACGGCCAGAGGGCCGAAAUGAGUAUCUGUUUCUGUGUUGUUGUUUUGGACAUCUUUUUUGAAGCUUAGAAUUGAGUGCAUCUGCUCUAAAAGGCAAUUAUAUAAACUCGCCACAUGAAUCACGACCAAUGGUGUGAUAAGCUAAACCCACGCUUGCCUCUGAGCUCAGAGACCAUGUUGGUGUCAAAAUGUUUUUCAACCAUUUUGCAGAUUUCUUGUCUGCAGCUAUAUGAGCUUGGUAUUUGUUUGCACAGUCUCACUUUUGUAAAAACCUGUCACCCCAAUCAAAUUUCCAAAUGACAAAAAUAUGAACACAGGGCCUUGAUGUGCUCCACAUUUAGUUUCUGUCCUAGGUGGAACCUAUAACACCGUUUUCCUAUGCAGAUGUUUGUCCUCCAGUAUUAAACUGAUAUAUAAUUUUUAUAUAUUUCAAACCGAAUUCAGUAGAAGUCUGACAACAAUUAGAGCGAUGACCAAACUCUGCAUUAGCUCAUUGUUCGGAUGUCACCAAAGCUGGAUCCAAAAUGUUCUUCAGUGUCGUCUAAUGAAACAGCUUGAGAUUCGGACACAUUUUGACAAAGAUAUAAAGCUCCUUUGCUUCCCGUGAUGCCGUGCCGACUGACAAAGGUUCUCUGCGUCUGGAUUGGAUGCUUAGACCCUGGUGUACCUGGCUGCAGGUCUAGUUUUAUUUUUCACUGAGCAAUAGCUGAGUUGUCCAGUCCAUCCCACGUACCUGUCGGGAUUCAGGAGGACAUUUCAUUUACCUUGAUCAGGCCCCUGUAACUGUAACAGAUAGUCAGUGUUAUUCACUUCACCUGCUGAUGGUCAUAAUGUUACGGCUGAUCAGUGUAUAUCCAGCGCCUGUGACAAUCAAUUUGAUUACAGUAAGACUUGUAGCUGCGAGUAGAGUAACAUUGUCUUUUAUCGUUGAUUAGGGUGUGUUUGUGUUUUGGUCGACAGCUAGUCUCGAAAAACAGGUCCUCCGUCCACACAGAUGAUGUGUGUGGUCUUUGAUGGAAAAUAGUUUUAAAUCCAGAGAAUGAUUUCCUGAAAAACAUGCAUUGUGCAUAUGUGCCAACUUGUAGCGCCAUUAUUCAACAGACGUUUCAUCAAAGGGGGUUAGUUAAAAACCGAUCUCCAGAUCUGAGUGACGAAACAGGUUUAUAGUGUAGAGCUGUUCAUUCCUCAUUUCGAUCCACAUUAUAACAAAGUACUGACCGAGCUUAGACCUCCUAGUAUAUCCAGCCCAAAGAAACCCUUCAGGUCAGCCCAGGAUGGAGCUGAAGAAACAGAAUCAAUGCAGCGCACAUCUGUGUACAUAUUUCUGUGCAAUAUCCUUUUAGUUGAGAAGCCAAAGUCAAAGGUAGGUCCUGUGUCUGAUGUGCUGGUGUGGGUGUUUUUCUUCUGGUUGUGAAGAAACUGUCUUCUCAUAUCGGUUUCUACAGAGGAUCACAGAACUCUGUUACAACUGUAGGUAAACUGUAUAUACGUAGGAGCUACGCCACAUUUACCUGUCCAUCACCCAUUCCUGAAGGUUUUUCUGUGGCAGCAACCACCUUCACUGCUUUGUACCUGCUUGUACACUUUGGUCUGUUGUGUAUCUGUAAUCACACUGCAGAGACAUUAAACCUUAUAUUUGUAGCAAAUACUGAGGCUGCGAUAAUGGUUGCAUAUCAAUUAUCCAUAAACCUGUAGAUUAUUUUUACUGUUAACUGAUCAGUUCAUUUUAUAAAAGCUUUGUUUUGUCCAACAAACACGUGAUAGAAAAUCUGAUAUGUGAGAGAAACUGAUUAGUGGUGUUUACUAGUAAGUGACUGUCAUCAUUAAAUGGAGGCAGAAAGCUCUGCACACACUCCGGUUGUGUCUGAACUCGCCCUGCUGGCUAAACUGUGUGUUCGUCUUGCUAUAGUGGGUGGGGUCUGAAUGCUGAGUGCGUAAAUCUAUCCACUAUAUACUGCACUGAAAAAAAAAGCAUAUGUGCCAUGUACUCCAUUUUCUAACAAUCCCACAAAUUAUGGAUGCGCAGUUCUAUAGCUGUUGAUGACGCAAAAUGUCAGUGAUUAGUGUGAAAUCUCAACUUACUGUUCCCUACUGAGUGAACUACUCGGUGUAUGUUAUGUAGGCAGCAGUGAAUGAGUGAACAGGGAGUGAUUUCAGACACAGCCUUAGUGUAGAAAACAGCAGUAUGUGCAUCGUGUCAAGAGUUGGACUCGACUGUUUCCUGCACGUCGCUAGUAAUAGACACCGAGUUCCACAUCAGUGCAUUUUCUAUAAUACCCGUCUAGUUGUUUCAGUUCGUAGACGACGAGCAGGCAGUGGGAGCUCCUCACUUCAGCAUUAACUAGCACAGUCAGCUGAAAGUGAAAUGUCGUGUGUAUCAUACUGCCCUCUGCUUCCUUUUUUUAAAUAAAGAUUUUCAGAAACAUGGUCAUUUGUUUCUCUGUGUCUGUUCUGUUAGUAAUGCUAAAGGUAGAACACAUUUGAACACAAGUAGAAGCCAGAAUAUGUAUUUCAGUUGUUUCACAUGCAGCAGACAAAUCAACACGGACUAGAAGUUAAUGGAUAGCUCUGUCUCAUAGUGUUGGUACAGGAACACACCAACGUGUGACCUGCACCUACAUACGACCUGAACUUGAGGAACUCAUGGCUGUUUGGCACAGUGGUCUUCUAGUGUUUCCACGGGACAAGGGUUACGGUUUGGAGCAUGUUACAUGAUGACGGAUAUGUGUUAAGUUGCUGUACAUGAAGCCAUGUUACAUGAUGUUUUGCUACAAUAAAAA